UUUCGAUAUCAUUCGCGCUGGAGAGACUGGAGCGAUAAAACAAGACUAAUAAUAGAGGUUUGAGAGCAUGCUGCUGCUGACGACGUAAUCCUGCAGGUUUUUUUUGAAGCAAAAAAAACACAAGAAGCUUUACUUUGCUUUGCUGUGAAGGCCGAGAUGAAAAACAGGGCUUCUGACGGGAUUAGGAAGCAGAUCAGAGGUCCCAGUUUCACUGGAGACAAGAAGACAAAGGUUGCAGCCAAGACCCAGAAGACGUGGGUGAGACUUGCCACCGUUUUCGCCUAUUUGCUCUGCGUGUCUCUGACUGCCGUGAUAUUGGUGAUUUACUACACUUUGAUCUGGGAGCCGGUCCGGUCGAGGCCGGGACCUUCCAGCAUCAAUCUGACUGCGGUUAAUACAGAAUCCGGCAACUUCAGCUCCGGGCUUAGACGGAGAAGCAGUCUGAAAGAUUUCAACCACCCCCGAAGACAGAGGAGCCAUUUAAGAAGCAAAAACGGUAGGGGUGGCGAUCUAAUGAAUUCGGAGGCUUGGAGGAGGAGCACGGAGGGUGGCAUCGCAGAUUUCGUCGCCAGCGGUGGGCAUCUGAAGGCUACCGCUGGCCCUAGAGGAACCACAGAGGGUGGAGAAUUUAGCACCGUGGACAGAGACAACACCUGGACCACAGGCAGUGGGUUAGAGGCCACAAUGGGUCGAGGAUUAAGGACCAUGGACAGUGGCAAUCUGAGAGCGGCGGAGGGUCGAAGAGCGAGUACCAAUGGCAAAGGAGUCAGGACCCUGGACAGCAGCAGUCGCGGGGCGCCUGGGAGAUGGCGAGCGGACACUCCGAGUGCAGAAAUCAGCACCGCGGACAGUGAUACCACCGGCCGCUCUCCGACCGUCACGACCCUGCAGAGGUUCCAGGCAUCCGGCCAGAAUAAGGCAACAGACGGUGGUUCUAAUGAACCUGAUGAAGCGCGCAAGGACAGUGCAGCAACCGUGGACUCUAAACGAUGGACAAUCACCCCGAUCAGUAGCGGGGAAUUGGCACAUGCGCCCGGUGCACUGGCGCUGAAAGAAGGAGGUAUAAAAAUUGCUGCCCUCGGUAAACUGCAGGUGAUGAAAGCGGACAGAACAACGACAAAGGAAGGAGGGCGCAGGUUUUCUGUCAGGUCCAGUAAGAGCGACGUGGAGCCCAUCCGUACAGCAACAGAUGAGAACCCUAAUGACUUGCAGCCCGAAGCAACCGAAAUUAAAAUGGAUGAAAAUGAUGUGAGGUCUUCCGAGAGGUAUAACCGGUCUGAGAACAACCUGACCAUGGUCAGACCUACGAAAGAUCCAGGGCUGUUUAACAGUGUCUCUGCAAGGGUGAGUAAUCGUCUGCACUCUCACAAACCCACCCCUAACAAUCUGACAGGGAUACAAAGCAUACUUGGAAGGUUGCAGAUAUUGGACACAACAACAAGGAAAGAAGAAAGUGACGCUUCCAUUGGCUUAGCUGGUGACAGAACGGGUCAAGUGCCAAUCGCAAACCCAGCAGGAGCUGUUACCCACGCACAAUUGCUAUCAUCACCUACGCCUACCAAUGCAGCAGAGAUAUGGACCAGCGGUAAGUCGGAUCACACUGGAACAUCUAACCCUGAAGUCCACAAAGUCCUCCAAAGCCACAAAAAAGAUGAGAAACAGUCUUCAACUUGGAAAGAAAGUCAAAUGGAUACGGAAAAUACAUAUGAAAAUAUUGCAACUAACUCUUUACCAACACUUCCAAUUACAUAGCUAUACUUAACAUAUUUUUUUAUCAUGGGAGAAAGAUACUUUGCAAUAUAUUUUAAUUAUCUAGAACAAUAUAUAUUGCAAUAUAUUUUAGUUUAUAAUAAUCUUGGUAUUUCUCACUUUAGCGUCAAAGUUGAAUGUAAAGAAACGUUAUAGGAGAUAAAACUGUAAGACAAAAUAGCUUAUUUAACAAAAAUAUUUUACAUGCUUCUUUUAAUGUAAGUAGUUUUAGAAAAAACAUCGUGCAUUUGAAGUACUUUGUAUUACAAAUCUACAAGAUUAAAAUCUCGUAUCUGUCUCAAAUCCUGUCGUUAUUUUUCCAUUUUGAAUUUCAAUGUCGUGUUUAUUAUUUGAACUACUUCUGUACGUUUGUCAGACUCUAAUUGUACUUGUUAAUCAGUAGCGGAAAUGCAUCAUCAUCAUUUACAGGAGGAUGUAACUUCGCUGCGACCGGCUUAGGUACAUAACAUUUAUCAUAAAUAUCAGUACAGGUAACUUAUGUGAGAACGAUAGACUUUAAAAUAGGAACAACAAGCUCUGGUCCAAUUGUACUCCGCCGUUCCCUGACUCCACUUCAACGGCACCUGGUCUCGACUUCCCAUUAACAACGAGAUUGAGUAACAGAAGAAGGAAUUGCUUUGAUCUAUGUGACCAUGUCACAAGUACACUCCCAGUUCCUCUGACACUUCUACGGGGAACUUACUAGUCCUUACAACUUCAUUGCAAUGAACGAUUACUACAUUUACAAGGUUGCUACAUAUACUGACAUCCCAAUAACUCAACAAUGCCGAGAAUUUGAAUUUUUUUCUAACUGUGAAUUCUGCAAUAAGAACUAAGCAACAAUAAUUCAAUUGCAAUAUUUAUUGAGUUGUCACUUUGGAAAGAUUUUUAAAUUGCAUUGUUGCAUCUUGUUGGCUGCUUUAAAAUAUAUAUUAAACAUCUAAAUUGUAAACUGUU